GAGGCACCGGUCUCCAAUCUGCAGAAAGGCGUUCGAUUUUUUCUCUCCAAACGCUGCGUUUCUUUCGAUCGAUCCCUGCGUUCAAGAGACAUUUUGUGAAGGUCACCGAUGUUUGGAAUCUGAAAGUAUUUUUGGAAGCAAUUUGAGGAAAAAAAAAUCUUCAGAAAAAAGAAGUGAUCUCUGGAAUUGGAGAUGGCGAGCACAGUGGAUGCAGGGGGACAUCCGAUCCCCACAUCAGCAGUACUGAUGGCAUCUUCAAAGCAUAUAGGGUCAAGAUGCUUCUCAGAAAAUGUGGCCUUCCUCAAAUGCAAGAAGCAGGAUCCAAAUCCUGAGAAAUGCCUCGACAAAGGCCGUGAAGUCACUCGUUGCGUCUUUGGCCUGCUGAAAGAUCUUCACCAGAGGUGCACAAAAGAGAUGGAUGCUUAUGCUGGUUGCAUGUAUUACCAUACGAACGAGUUUGAUUUAUGUCGCAAAGAGCAGCAAGAGUUUGAGAAAGCAUGCCCCUUGGAAUGACCGGCCAAUUCCACCCCCCCAAUAAUUUAGGGCAGUCUGCAAUAAGCAGAUACUGUUGUUGCUUGCUCUUCUAGUGGAACUGUUUCUGGAUGUGGAAUGCCUCCCGUCUAUAUGGUCCAGUUUGUUUCUAAUUCUGCCAAAUUGGUUAAACAUGCUGUCUUUUUUCAUCGUAAGGAUUUUCUUUUUCUCUCC